CUCUGAUUGGCUGAGCGCCGCAGCGAAAGUUGAGCUACGGAAGCGGAACACGUCCGUCGCUGGACGGAGGCGUUUAACGGAGUUACACACGCCGUUCAAAGAGGCUCUUUCUGCGCGUUACAGCAUGGAUGGCGUGUCUCUGCUGGGAUGCGUCGCGUUGUUUGUGUUCUCCGUCAGCGCGUUCAGUCCCGCGGACAGCGAGUUCACGUUCCUGCUGCCAGCUGCCAGUAAAGAGUGCUUCUACCAGAGCACCGUUCAGAACGGCAGCUUCGAGGUCGAGUACCAGGUGAUCGCUGGAGCAGGUAUGGAUGUGGAUUUCUCCAUCCUCUCUCCUCAGGGGAUCCACCUGGUGUCGGAGUUUCGUCGCUCGGACGGCGUUCACAUGGUGGAGCCCACGGAGGCGGGAGACUAUCAGAUCUGCUUCGACAACAGCUUCAGCAGGUUCUCUGAGAAGAUGGUCUUCUUCGAGGUCAUCCUGGACAGCUCAGCCAAUGACGCGGGGGCAGAUGAUGAGUGGGCGGGGCUUGGGGAGCCAGAGAACCUAUUAGAGUACAAGCUGGAGGACAUAAAGGAGUCGAUGGAGACGGUUCACCGGCGGCUGGAGCGCAGUCGUCAGAUGCAGACGGUCCUGAGGGCCUUCGAGGCGCGUGACAGGAACCUGCUGGAGGAUAACCUGUGGCGGGUCUCCUUCUGGUCCUGUGUGAACCUGUUGGUGAUGCUGAGCGUGGCUCUGACGCAGGUGUACACCGUCCGCCGGCUGUUCGACGACAGGAGGAGAGUCUGCUCCUGAGACCAGAUGAUGAGAGACUGCUGAAGAACGCUUCAUCUGGUGCGAGGAUGCAGGACUUCACCUGUCUGUCCGAUUCAUGUUGCCUGAAUGUUCAUAGUCUUGUCUUUUUUUAGUCCUGUGAGAUGAUGCUGUUUUGGGAAAAUGUGCUGUUAUCGUCAACAAAGGCAAUCUUCGGUACAGCUGUGGGCUUUUUUAAAAGAGUUUUACACAUUAAAUCUAAUAAAAGGGGUGUAUGUUUGUA